AUGAGGCUCCGCCAGCUCUUUUCAUCGUUGCUCGACUCGUUUGUAAGUAUUUGGGCAAAUCGCGAUCAACGACAUAAAUUUCUAUGUUGGAUUUCAGGAGGCACAAUAGGUGCGUCUGUUCUACUACUCAUCCUUGAAGCGUCUCGAGGAUUCUGUCGCACUCCAAAAGAAACAGCUCAGCUACUAGCUGGUAUCUCUCGGACACUUUUGAAAACUAUACUUCAGAUCGUUGCACGGGGCUUUAAACCCAAAUUUCCAAAGUGGACACUUCGCUACGAGUUGCUUCACGGACUCAUGCGCUCAGCUGCAAAUAUGUUUGGCGAUCGCAUUGUAGACGUGCAACAUGCUCGUGUAAUUCGUCAUCACAGUGGCCUGUUUGGCACUUUUUUGGGAUGGUUUGCUUGCUGGCAACACGGUCUGAGACUUGAAAGCAUUGAACUUAAUGGACUUGAGCAUCUCUGGCUUAAAUCGAAGACGUCGUUGAAUUCUCGACGCGAUAAACGGAGACUGGUAGUGCUUUUUUAUCAUGGGGGAGGGUAUGCAGUGCUAAGUCCAAGAAUGUAUAUUUCAUUCUGUAGUACCUUAGUAGGUGCCAUCAAGCACGAGUUGGUUUCGGAUGAUGUGGAUAUUGACAUUUUUCUUGCGAAUUAUCGAAAGUUACCAGAACAUCGAUUUCCUGUACCAGCUGAAGAUGCUGUUAGCAUGUACGAGUAUCUUUUGCAGCAUGAAAAGUUGGAACCAUCGCAAAUUAUUGUCGCAGGUGAUAGUGCUGGAGGAGGUCUGGUCAUGUCAGUUCUCCUGCGGGUUCGCGAUGGACUCUUAAGCCGAAAGAAGAAAUUGCCGUUACCACUAGCAGCGAUUCUGAUGUGUCCUUUAGCGGAUCUCACACAUGGUGAAAAUGAGAUUGCAAGUCAAAAUUGUAUUCUUCCGCUCAAUAUGAUUGCUGCUAGUGUCUUGACGUACCAUCCGACACAUGACGAUCCGAAAACAUGGGCCGACGCCUCACCUGUUCAUUGUAACUUGCGAGAUCUUCCACCCAUUUUUCUGCAAGCUGCAACUUUUGACUCGUUGUAUCAGCAUUCAGUUCGACUUCAUGCUAAAGCAAUAGCUGAUGGGGUUGUCAAUUGGGAAUAUGAUGUGCAUGAAGGUGUUCCACAUGUAUUUAUGGUCAUACCAAGCUAUAUCUUGCCUUAUGCUCACGUUGGCGUUCAAAAAAUGGCCGUGUUUGCAGCUCAACACUUUGCUGCCAAACACGAAGGGUUGAGAUGCAAGGAGAAUGAGGUGGGGAAGACUCACAAAGUAGCUUCUGGCGUUAUAGCAGCGUGA